AUGAGCACGAUGUCACGCUUUGAUACAUGUGAAAACGGCUCCCCUACGCCAGGCAAAAUUCACUGUGCACCAGAAACGAUGGAAGCAGCCGAUACUCUGGUGAGUCUGCGGAAUACCGUAUUGGACAGAGCACACGGCUGCUCCCCCCCGAAUUCGACCAAACAGCCGACAGCUGAGGGCCUCUACAUCACGAUGAGUCCGAAUUCCGACUCCAACCCUCAUCCUCGCCGACACACGACAGCUUCUGCCUCCCGCAUGAGCCCCGAACCACGCAAUGGCUUACAAACAACAAAGAGCCGGCUCAGGAGUCGGUCCGAGAAAAGAGGCGAAGCCUCCAAAGGUACUGGGCAGAUUGGACAGACCGGGGAGACUCCCCACCAGGACAGGGCCACGCUCGUCGACUGCCCCUGCAGCUCGACGAAAUGCAAGAGGGGCGUCAGGAUUGCCCCCUCGACAAGAGACGUCCAUGUCCGCGCCGACGACAUCAGGAGAAACGGAUUCAAGGCGGAGGAGCCGUGCGUGGCGUGCGCCAAAUCGAACCGGGAGUGCUACAGAGGGGCUUACGCCUCGUGCGAUACCUGCCUCCGCAGGAAAGAAGCAUGCCUGAACAACUGGGGACAAUCGAGCUCUGGAGGAUUAAGGCCACAGAAAGAAACUGGGUAG